GCCUGAUAAGCAAUUGUACUACCGGUUCAGUCAACAGUUGAGGGGCCACUCUGGAAGCCAUCACUAGUGCAAAUUCUGUGAAAAAAAAGAUGUCCAAUAUACCAUGUUAUAUCCAGCUCAAAAUCAGACAAAAAGUUGAUAGAAUUUAGUCAUUAUAAGCGUGUGAAAUCAGGUCAAUACGUAACUAUUUAACUAAUGCGCUGUUGCGUGCCCUUUUGUCAUUAAUUUCUCAACACUUCGUGAGAUGGACCACUGUUCCAAUAGGAUGAUCCAAUAGGAAGCUUCAAUUUCAAAAAUUAGCGAUAACGAUUCCCCCCUUUUAAUUCUCCAACAGAACUCCUGUACAGAAAUUAUAAGUACACCUCUCCCAUAUUGGUACCCAUAAGUACAUACAUUUUCUGGUUUCCUUCACGCGCGGUGUUGGUGCUGGUAUUUAUGACACGUGAACCAUGUCAAAGAAAACGUCAUAACACCAACUUUCUGCCUUCCUUAUUGUAGAAGAGUGGAGAAUUUUGUAUUUUUGUUUUAAAAGUAGAAUACUGUGUGUUGGAGCAGAUGACGGUUUAGGAAUGUUGUAUUAAAACGGUUAGCAGAUUAAGGAAAUUGAUAUAGUAGUUAACCAGAGUUUGUAAAAAGAAUUGCAGUGAAAUUAAUGGUUAAAAGAAGCAGUGAUAUUUUAUCAUGGCUGAACCUAUCUUGUGUGUGAGUUGGAACAACUAUGCCAAUGAACUUGCUACAGUAUGUAAAUUGUUAUUGGAGAAAGAUUUUUUGGUGGAUUGCACAAUAGCUGCUGAAGGGCAAAGUCUAAAAGCUCAUAGACUGAUUUUGUCUGCAUGUAGUCCAUACUUUUGUAAUGGGAUGCUGUUCAGUGGGGAAAAAGAGAAGCAUCCAAUUGUCAUUCUCAAAGAUACCUUGUUUGAUACGCUUAAGAAAGUGAUUGAUUUUGUAUAUCAUGGAAAAGCAGAGAUACCAGCAAACCAGUUGACAGAAUUUUUGGAGCUAGCAGUGUCACUGCAGAUUAAAGGCCUGAAUAAUUCUCUCCAAAAAGAUAGGGAAACUAAUGUUGGGAGUAAUGGUGAUGGAAAUGUCCGUCAUAAUGCAUCGAGUGUUAAUCAAGAUAUCCCUGAAGUUGAAAGCUCUAGCCAAAACUGUGAACCCAGCUCCUCAAAUUCCUCUCAUUAUUCCUCUCAAAAACAUCAUUACCACAAUUUGCACCCAGACACUAAAGAGAGAGACUCGCCUGAUGAAUGCAGAAACGUUUACGAGAUGUUGCCUCUGCAUGAUCCUGUGGAUGAUCCUCUGCAAGAUCGUUAUUCUGGUGGCCAUGAUGAUUCCGUACACACAGAAAUAAAUGUGAAAUGUGAACCAUUACAUUCUGAAAUUGAAAUCGACUCAGAGGGUAAUGCUGGGCUGGAUGAAGCCUCCAGUAGGAACUUUGGAAGUGAAAUUAAUGAAAGACCUUCAGAAUUUGAGCAGGAUUUGGACCAAUAUUCGUGUAAGGUGGCAAGCGAACCUAAAAUCCUUGAACACCGAAAAAACGGGACUUUGAAGAAAAAAUGGAAGAACCGGGAUUUGAUUCGAAAACCAGGAGUUUUGUGGCUUUCAGAUUUAUCGCCAUAUUUAGCACAAAUUCACUUACGGAAUCGUAUUCAAUCGCAUGAUUCAGCUCUGUACAUGAGAAUGGCGAUUGGUGAUAAGGAAUUUCGUCAUGCAAAUGGAAGUUCAGCAUUAGUGAGACCUCUCAAACAACGAAAGCAAUGUCAGGAGAAUAAGUUGCAACAACAGCAACAGCAAUCUCAACAGAAGGAGGAACAUGAACAGCUGCAACAACCAACGGAACAACUGCACUUGUCACGAGGAAAACCAUCAAUACAUGGGCUGCAGCGACAACAGUCAUCCUACGAUUUGUCGUCUUCCUCUGGGUUAGCCACGUCACUUGAACUUACAUUGCCAGCAAGUGAACGAACUGUUGGUGAAGAAAGCAACGAACAUGAGGAUGCCAAUGAAGUGCGUGGAAAUGAUACCAGUGAUGUUACAAAACAUAUGCAUGAACAAAAUGUCACCACACGCUCAAGCGCGGAGGGAGCGGAGCAGCCCGAGGACCAGCCCACGACAGCUGCCGAGCCGCGCCUCCACGUGCGCCUUAGACGCAAGUCCGACGGCACCUUCACGCCGUGCGACGAGCGGCGUCUGCGCUCGGGACCGCAGCCGUUCCUCCGCGUCGACUCGCUCCUGGAGGACGGCGACCUCGACGCCCACCGGCCCCAGCUCGCGGAAGACUGCCCUCAUUCGUGUGACGUGUGCGGAAAGAGUUUCACCAAGGCAUGUGCCCUGUCCCUCCACAAGCGCAGGCACAAGAUAAAACGACCUUACGCAUGUGAUGUGUGCGGAAAGCUCUUUACCACGGCAGCUGCUGUCGGCCUGCACAAGCGCUGGCACAAGAGGGGCAGCAAGGACGCUGACACACGUCGUUUUUCGUGUGACGUGUGCGGAAAGGUUUUUACUACCCCAGCUGCUGUCGCCGUUCAUAGGCGCUGGCACACGAAAGGGAAAUCUUACUCGUGCAACGUGUGCGAAAAGGCUUUUACUAAGGUAGCUGCUCUCACCAUUCACAAGCGCAAGCACAAGCGAGAGAAGUCGUACUCGUCCGUCGUCUCCAAAAAGGCCCUUCCUAAGGUAGCUACUCUCACCACUCAGAAGGACAAGCACAAGGGAGAAAAUACGUAUUUGUGCGAUUUGUGUGGGAAGAUUUUCACCAAGUCGGCCAUCCUUCUCAAUCACAUGCGUACGCACACAGGAGAACGCCCUUAUGUAUGCGAAGUGUGUGGGAAGGGUUUCACCCAGUCGGGCUCCCUCACGGCUCAUAAGCGCUUGCACACGGGAGAGCGCCCUUAUCAAUGCGAUGUGUGUGGGAAGGCCUUCGCCCGCUUAGGUUCCUUCUCCGUUCACAAGCAGAAGCACGUGGAAGAUCGCCCCACUUCACUCGGUACGUAUGGGAAGACUUUGGCUAAAAAAUACGCUGCCAUUUCUCGAAAGUGCUCGGACACGAAACGGCGGUCAUGUACAUGCGAUGUCUGCGGGAAAACGUUUUCGCAGUCGAGCUCCAUACCCGUUCACAUGCGCCUGCACACAGGGGAGCGGCCGUUUAAAUGCGACUUGUGUGGGAAGGCAUAUGCUCAUUCAAGCAACCUUAACGUCCACAUGCGGACGCACACGGGGGAACGCCCGUAUCCAUGCGACGUGUGCGGAAGAGCUUUCAUUAAUUCCAGCAUCCUUUUGUACCACAAGCGUAGGUUCCACACGGGAGAGCGGCCGUUCGGCUGCGACGCGUGCUCCUGCCGCUUCUUCCUCAAGUCCGCGUUGAUCACUCACUGGCAGCGGUAUCAUGCCACUUCUCACAGAGAACAAAGCGGACCCUCGGGAAUUCCCCGUGAGUAACAUGCAUUAAAGCAUUGAUUCUUUAGUUUGUAGAGAAAUGUUAGCUGAGCUGACAGAGGUACCGGUUGAUGUUGAACUCAGACACUUCAUUUGAUGUUGAUUCUCUGGAAAACAAUGUUCUGUUUUGAACUUUGGGAACCUGAUGUUUAGGCCUUACUGCUUUGAAUGUUGUAGUGAAGCAGGAACGUUUAUGUCGAAGAUACUGUACAGUAACACAGGUUACAAAAUAAUAUUUUAUUUUCAGUUGUAUUGUUUAAAUUUUAAAAUCUAGUUCAAAGUGGUUGAUAGUUAUACUUUUGAUGUAUUUAUAGUAGUAAUUAAUAGAACUGUACCUUUAUAUGUGUUUAGUGUUUAACUCAGAGUGUAUGACCGAAAGCGUCGGCCUAGCCGUCGCAGGAAGGUCGGUACCCGGGUGCUAGUCCGUAAAUUGUGCUGGACCAGUGUGUUUUCUGAUUGUACGAGUUUUCUGAGCGCCUGUGAUCUUGUGAUCCCACGGUGUUGGCCGCACAGUGAAUGUAGAUUGGGGUUAUUGACACGCGGAAGAUUUCUGUAACUCCAUCGGUGAUUCAAGGAUAAACCUACAGUCCGUAACACUACAUCUCACUGCGAAGAGACUCAACUUUGGUGCUGUGGGCAUUGUGGAGGUAGGUUCAAAAACGCCGUCAGUUAAAUUGUCCUCCUCUACUUCCAGCGACAUCGACGCGCAUAUACGUACGUGACGUACAAACUUGUAACCAAUGACCGAAAACUGUCGUGAAAAGUUGAUCAAUCGCUUGAUGUCGCUAAAAGUAAAAGUAUACUAUUUAGUUACGCACGCGUUUUGUUCAUGCUCCCACCACCUGCCUUGUCCUUCGUGCUAGAGGCCGUGUCUUGCUCCUUUCAGCCGCGGAGUUAUUCUACCUGUCGAAUAUGGCUGCACAACCACAACCGGAGAGUGCUUGUUUUAUUACAAACUAGAAAAUGCAAUUAUUUCAGGUUCUUUACAAUUUGUUCAUGUUGAAUUGAGUUAGAAACUCAUUGUUCUGAAAGAAAAACCGAUCAAGACAUUUAGGAUAUGUUUAAAAGUUAUCGUUGAGGAAAGUUAACGAAAUUCUGAGCUUUAUGUUAUAUACUUAUAUUAAACGAAAUCGAAAAAAAGAAACAUUUUUAACUACAAAUUGUGAAACAUUAAUGUAUUGUAAAAUAUAUUCUUUAUAGAAAUUAUGUAGUUUCGUAGAACAAUAAAAUAUAUUUGGUUCAAUUGUAAAUA